GGAGAGGGGCGGCGCCACCGAUGCCUCGAUGAGCCGGCUCGCCUACCCCCAAGCCCGGCCCUAUCAUCGCCGGCACAGUGGAGCGCGAGCCAGCGAGCGGGCCGCCUGCGCGUCGAGCCGGCCAUGAGCUGAUUGGCCCCGCCCGUAAAGAAAAAAAAAAGUAUGGUUCCCUCCGCGCCGUCGAUUCCGCAACUGAGCCGCCUCGGACUCCUCCAGUCGGUUCGACAACGCACACUGUGUGCACGCGCGCGCGCGCGCUGCGCAUUCCGCGAGUGAGUGAGUGAGCCGCCGUUUGGUUUUUAGUCCCGUCUGCUCACUCUCGUAGCAAACGACGCCUUUCGCAGUGAGUGAGACUCCAUGUACCGCUCCAGAGUAGCGCUACUACUGCCGGCUGGCUAUAUCGUCUGGAAUGCAUCGCUCCACAGCAAUCCGGGAGCAGACGACGACGCACCGUGAUUCUGUGCAGCUCCCGAUCCGCGCAAGAAUCAGACGACGUCAUUGACUCGUGCGCGCCACUCCUCGAGUAGUCAUCAAGUGCAGACGAUGCGCUGACUCUGCUGCUCCCCUGUAUAGCCAACGGCUAGGCUACCCCCUCUCUGGAGCAGGCGACGACGCACGGUGAUUCUGUGCUCCUCCUGAUCUUCACUAGAAGCAGACGACGUCGUUGACUUGGUGUGCGCCGCGCGCGAGUAGCCAUCGAGAGCAGACGACGCUGACUCUGCCGCUCCCGAGAGUAGCCAACGAUCUGGCUACUCCCCUCUCUGGAGCAGUCGACGUGUUUGUUUUUCCGCAGUGAACUUGUAGAUCAGUGUGUUUCGUGUUGUGGGCGAUGGCGCUGGGGCCCGCGCCCGCUCCUGCGGCCGUAUUUCCCGCGUCGGCCGCUGCGCCGCCGCCGAUGCUGAUGCUUCCCACCCUCAACUUCUCCGUGGGCCAAGUGGCGGCCGUGUGCGAGACGCUCGAGGAGAGCGGCGACGUUGAGCGUCUGGGCCGCUUCCUGUGGUCGCUGCCCGUGGCGCACCCAAACUGCGCCGAGCUGAACAAGAGCGAGGCGGUGCUGCGCGCCCGGGCGCUGGUAGCCUUCCACGCGGGCAACUUCCGCGAGCUCUACCGGAUCCUGGAGGGCCACCGGUUCGCCAGAGGCUCGCACGCCAAGCUGCAGGCUAUGUGGCUCGAGGCGCACUACCAAGAAGCCGAGAAGCUGCGCGGCAGGCCUCUGGGACCCGUGGACAAGUACCGGGUGCGCAAGAAGUUCCCGCUGCCGCGCACCAUCUGGGACGGCGAGCAGAAGACGCACUGCUUCAAGGAGCGCACCCGGUCGCUGCUCCGGGAGUGGUACCUCCAGGACCCGUACCCGAACCCGACCAAGAAGCGGGAGCUGGCGCAAGCUACGGGGCUGACGCCUACCCAGGUGGGCAACUGGUUCAAGAACCGGCGCCAGAGGGACAGGGCGGCGGCCGCAAAGAACCGGUUGCUUCAGCAGCAGAUGCAACAGCAACAGCAGCUCGCCCAGCAGGGCUACGGCAGCUCGAGCAGCACCAGCUCGACGGGCUCCAACCGGAACCACCACGGAAGCAAGAACGGCACUUCCGGUUCCGGCGGCUCGCACCACCACCAGGGAUCCUCGGCGGCGGCGGCGGGCGGCGGAGGAUCCGGAGGCGGAACUGGGCACCAUCACCACCGGACUUCUUCCUCUUCGACGGCGACCGCGGACAACAACCGGAGGUCCAUUAGCGGCGGCGGUGGGCCCAAGUCUCCAGGGGGCGUCGCCGACGACAACAGCUGUGGCAGCUACGGCGACAGCUCGGCGGCCCCGAGCUCGCCGACGCCUCUGUCGACGACGUCAGAGUCUAGCCGGAGUCCGAGCCCUCGCCAGGGGCCCCAAUGACAUGAGGCCCCGCCCGCCCUCAUGGCCGGGGCGGGCGGUGGGCUUGCGCUGAAUCCCAGCUGCCUCGUAGGUGGACCCGCGGCUCCCGGUGUGCCCAUGCCGACGGGAGGACUUCCGCUUACCACGACGGCCGUACCACUGGCCGACGCUCUGCCGUCGUUCGAGCAGUACCUACAGUAUCUGUUCAUGUCCCUGCCGCCGCCGCCGACGGCGUUCUACGCUGCCGCCGCGGCGCAUCAGCAGCAGCAGCAGUUCCUCCAGGAGCAGCAUCAGCAGCAGCAGCAGCUGCUCAAGAAGCAGGCAGCCGUGGCCGAAACGACGGUAGACGACGUCGAAGAGAAAGUCGACGUGGUGUCCUCCACGCCAGAGCCGGUGUCGGAUGAAGAGAAGUGAAGCCCGAGACAACACUCUUGUUGGACAAGUAGGCGAAUACGUAUAUCCUUGUGAG